CACGCCCCCUCGCCCGCGGCCCCCUCCCCGCCUCUCUCCGCCGCUUCUCUCGCUCCCGGGUCAGAGGGCCGGAGCGAGAAGAUGGCGAAGACGUACGAUUAUCUCUUCAAGCUGCUGCUGAUCGGCGACUCGGGGGUGGGCAAGACUUGCCUCCUGUUCCGCUUCUCCGAGGACGCCUUCAACACCACCUUCAUCUCCACCAUCGGAAUUGAUUUUAAAAUCAGAACGAUAGAACUAGAUGGAAAGAAAAUUAAGCUUCAGAUAUGGGACACAGCAGGUCAGGAAAGAUUUCGAACCAUCACAACGGCAUACUAUAGAGGAGCCAUGGGAAUUAUGCUGGUCUAUGACAUCACAAAUGAAAAAUCCUUCGACAAUAUUAAAAAUUGGAUAAGAAACAUUGAAGAGCAUGCCUCUUCAGAUGUUGAAAGAAUGAUCCUGGGUAACAAAUGUGAUAUGAAUGACAAAAGACAAGUGUCAAAAGAAAGAGGAGAGAAGUUAGCAAUUGACUAUGGGAUUAAAUUCUUGGAGACAAGUGCAAAAUCCAGUACAAACGUAGAAGAGGCAUUUUUUACACUUGCACGAGAUAUAAUGACAAAACUCAACAGAAAAAUGAAUGACAGCAAUUCAUCAGGGUCAGGGGGACCAGUGAAAAUAACAGAGAACCGAUCAAAGAAGACCAGUUUCUUCCGUUGUUCGCUACUUUGAUGAACUCUUUCUGAGAGACUGCAGCACACCUCAAGGACCCUUUCCUGCUUCUCUGAAAGCACAGGUCAGCCAGCCUCAGAAUCACACCACCCGGCUGCAGCUGAGAGCACCACUGAACCUAGACUUCUCGACACAGAAUGCCACGUGGAUUCCAGCCUUGUGGCCUAUCAAGAUAACAGGCUCCUUUUUUCAAACAUGGAAGCAAUGAAGUGGAGACAUACGGAGGACUUAACUUGUUUUUCCUUUGGUUUGUCCCAGAAGCUGCUAUCUUUUCUUUUUCACUUUGCACAUCAGUGUUAGUUAGCCUGUCCCUGCUACAGCACAGUCUCAGACUCAUAUUUGCACACUUAUGCCUCAUGAAUUCGAGACAAAUUUGUGCGCUUGGGAUGUUUGAACAAAGUAAAACAUUUAAAGCAGAGGUUAACAUACUAAAAUUAAAAGAUGUUUGGUCUGGGUCAUGUGACCAAAUGUUAUUGCAUUGAUAGAAUUUUUUUAAGGGCUCUAAUUUGUGAUUUCCUUAAAUAAGAAUCAUUAAAUUCUGAUAAAAGUCAUCUUAAACAUUCAUUUAAAAUUGUCCAUCUAUUCGUCAGAGGCCACAAUUCCUUUAUUUCUUCAGAUUGUUUAGAGUUUUGUCUCAUUCCUGACCUUUUUGCUGGAGAGUUUGGGUCGCUGAAUAAGUCACUUUUUCAAUUGAUUACCUCUCUCUGAUCAAUAGAAGCUACAUUUGGAAAUCACCUUAAUCUUGCGUUUCCUGGGGUUUGUAUUUACUAUUCUUGCCUGUGUAUGACCUGUUGUAACCAUGCUGUUAUCAAAAACAUAACAUAUUUGAACAUUGUUGUCUGUUUCUAAUUGUGAACUUCUUGAGCUGAAAUUUUACAUAGGCAGAAAGAUGUACCAUUUAGGUCUUAUUUUAGAUUCUUAUUGUGGUUCUGUCACAUCAGCAAUGUAAUAGAUGCAGUAUAUUUUUUCUUAAGUUCACUCUUUAGCUUGCUCCUUUAUUUGUAAUACCCAGUCCCUACUGUGAUCCCUGUCUGCAAGAGUCAAUAAGUAUUAGAUUUAGAUUUUUGUCUGUAGAAAGCAUACCUAUAGGGAGAGAGAUUAACUUGUUGAUAUAAAUGUAAUAGAGAUAGCUCUUGGUAAUGGUGAACAGAAUGAUUUUUUGUUCUGUUUUUAUUUGGACUUUUUUCUUUUUUUUUAAACAAAGGUAAUUAGACCUAGUGCAGCCUCUAGGUAAAGUCUUGCCUUUUCGUUAGAGAAAAUAGGAGCAAGGUUUCCAUUUUAAAACAGCUGUUGUUGAAUGCGGAGAACCCAAUUCCAUCUGUUUGGGUUUGUUGUUCUAGAACUCGGUCCAGGCAUUUGGGCCAAAGCCAACCAAAUCUUAGCUGCCUUUCUCACCAGACACUGGUACUGGUAUACCUUUUGU